GACCAGCCAUUUUCGAGUCCCGUGAUUAACAGAUACGUAUCACGUUGUUUGUGGAGGUACGAACAUUCCUCUGUGUCGUGAAAAGAUCGGUCCUCAGCAAUGAUCCCAGACUUUUCAUUUUUGCUUGUCUCGUGUUUUCUGGUAGUCCUGAUAAGGUAGUUUCCAGUUUCCACCAUCAAUUUGGUGAAUUGUUGCUGUCCAGUUAAAAUCCAUAUUAUAUUUAUUCCCAUGCGCAUGUAUGAUCCCUUCAAAUCCAAUGGCUCGAAAUCAUUGUCUGCAACCCAAUAUCUCAUCAACAGAUCACCCAAAAUCCAGCUGCUAAUUGAUAUCCAAAGUUCCAAAAACCUCUUUCUAUAGAUUUAGACACAGAGCAAGAUGUACACGUGUCGAAUUCCCAGUUCGCGACCCUCCAAACUGGAUAACAUGUACACCUGGAAGCACACACCCUCAAGUGUAACCAACCAAAUGCCUGAAAAUUCUUUCUCACACAUCUGGGAGAAACCACAACAAUGGCCUAAAUGUUGUCUACCGUUGGUGGUGGAUAUACAAACCAAAGCCGGCAGCUGGAGCCGAGCCAAGCUGAGACGACCACGCCUAGAGUGCUAACCAUAUUGUCUUCCGUGUUGGAGAAGCUGGUGGCUCGAAAUGACCGGCUCAUGGACUCCCUCAAUCAGAAGCUGGAUGAGGAAAGCUGCGGCUCGUGUCGACUUGGGAAGGGCUUGAAUGCGUUUCAUGGUGUGAGAGCACCAAGCAUAAGUGUUCAGAGGUACUUGGAGAGGCUGUACAAGUAUACGAAUUGUAGUCCAUCUUGUUUUGUGGUUGGGUAUGUGUAUAUAGACAGAUUGGUGCACAGGCACCCUGACUCCCUCGUGAUAUCCUUGAAUGUGCAUAGGUUAUUGGUUACAAGCGUUAUGGUUGCUUCUAAGAUGCUAGAUGAUGAGCAUUAUAACAAUGCAUUUUUUGCUCGAGCUGGAGGAGUAAGUAAUGCCGAGUUGAACAGGCUGGAAUUGGAAUUGCUCUUUCUAUUGGAUUUUGGAGUUACAGUAAGCUCCCGGGUUUUCGAGAUCUAUUGCUUGCACUUGGAAAAAGAAUUGCAAUUCAAUGGCAUCGGGAAUAAGAUCGAAAGGGCAAUAAUUUCCGUCGACGAUGUGACUGAAAUAUCAGUAGAAGAUACACAAAGUUCAUCACCACCUCAGAUAGUGGACUGACCUGCAUUUUUCUUCUUCAUCCGGUUUUCUCUUGGCUUAGUGAAUUAAUCUUGAAUUGUUGGCCAUGGAACCAGUGGCUGCUUUCUUCUUUCAAUGGUGCUUCACCUCUUGCCUUUUUGCCAUAUUGAUGAAAUAAAAAACGAAAAAGGAAAAAAAUGAAUUAAGUCCACAAGGAAUUAGCUGUAAGAGCAUCUGGUUCUGGUUGCAUUAGGAAUUCUAGCAAGGGAUCUUUGUCAUUGCAGAAGAAAUAUUUCAAGUAUAAAUAACACAAACCUUGGAUUCCUCACUAGAAUUAGUGCUUUUAAA